UGGCUUGGGAGGGGCGGGGGCUGACUGAUGUUUGUAAAGUGCUCGGUAAUCCUGUGGGCAACCCCCGUCCACCUGAGCGUGGGGUCAGGCACACGGGUAGCGGCAUGUCCGUGCGUCAGGAGACACUCAGCUACAGAUCAUUGGACGUGCUCCUCGCCCCGUGACACCCCCAGCCUGAAGACUGCUGGCUGCUGAGCAAAACAAAGGAUUACGCCAGGGCCUCUUGGCACUCCUCCGAACAGCUGCUGGGCCCUGGAACCCAGCCUCCUAGGCAGCCGCUGCUGGGAGCUAGCAGAGACUCCCACAGUUAUUCCUGGAAUGAGGAACCAGGAGGAGGCCAAGUUUGGAGCCCUGCUGCUGCCCGACGGGUGUCUCCCAAGGCCAAGUGCCCCUGCGAUGGCAGUCCCUUGCCAGGCAGACACGGAGCUCCGGGACCUGGAUGAGGAGCAGCUCUGGGAGAUUCUGGAGAGCCAUCGCUACCGGAUCGUGCGCAGCACCUGCCCGAACCGGCUCACCCCCUACCUGCGCCAGGCCAAGGUCCUGGACCAGCUGGACGAGGAGGAGGUUCUGCAUGGCCCCCAGUUCACCAACAGCGCCAUGAGAGUGGGCCACAUGUUGGAUCUUCUGAAAACCCGGGGGAAGAACGGAGCCCUGGCCUUCCUGGAAAGCCUGAAACUUCACAACCCCGACACCUACACCCUGAUAACUGGCCUGGAGCCCUCCAUUGACCUCAACAACUUCAGUGGCCUGAUCGAGACCUCCAAGCUGACCGAGUGCCUGGCGAAGGCCGUGAACAGCUUGCAGGAGGAGCUGACCCAGGAGAAGCACCAGAAGGCGUCUCUGCUGCACCACUGCCGCCAGCUGAAGGACCGCGUGUCCCAGCUGGAGGCCCAGAACAAGUGUCUGCGGGGCAUCGAGGCCGAGCACAACCGCAUGAAGAGGGAGGUCAGCUCCCACUUCCACGAGAUGCUGAAGCUGAAGGAUGAGAUGUACAACCUGUCCAUGCACUACACCAACGCCCUGCAGGAGAAGGACCUGGCCAUCACGCGGAGCCAGGGCCUGCAAGAGGAGCUGUAUCUGAUGAAGCAGGAGCUGCAGCGAGCCAGGGUGGAGACCUACUACGAGAGGGAGAGGUCCCUGCACAUGCCCAGCGACCCGCAGCCACAGCUGGAUGAGCUGCUGCAGCUGAGGGAGGAAAACGAGAAGCUCCGGUCACUGGUGGAGCUGGAGACUUUCAGCCUGGUGCAGAAGGAUAUCCUGGAGCAGAACCUGGAUGAGGCUCUGGAGGGCAAACAGGAGCUCCUCAAUCGAAUCCACUCGCUGAGGGAGCAGGCAGUGAUCGCUGAGAAUCAGCGCAAGCAGUACUGGGAGGAGAAGGAGCACACCCUGAUUGAGUGCCACAAAAUGAAGGUGGAUUGUGAGAUCUACAAGGAGAAAAUCAGUGCCUUGCAGGGGCAAGUGGCCGAGCUGCAGAAGGAGCGAGAUCAGGCAUACUGCGCGAGGGACGCGGCCCAGCUGGAGAUCUCCCAGAACCUGCUGGAGAAGGAUUCCCUCCGCAGGAAAGUGUUUGAGCUGACGGACCAGAUCUGUGAGCUGAGGAAGCAGGCCAGUCAGCAGCAGGACAGCAGGGUGCACGGGGUGAAGGGGGAAGGUCUCGCUAGCCUGGAGCCGGGGGAGCAGUGGCCAAAGAGGAAACAGCGGCUGGUGCGCAUGCAUGCCAUCUGCCCCGGGGACGAGAACCAGGGCAGCCUCAGCGUGUCCGAGCUGUGCUCAGAUUUCGGCGUGAAGACGAGCCACGAGCUGCCAGAGAGCUUCCGGUCGUGCAGCCCUGUCCCGCCCUGUAAGCUCUCCCUGCAGAAGAGAGCCACGCAGGAGUACCUAGAGAGCUCCCUCUCCACGAGCAGCUCCCAGGAGUUCCUGGAGGUGGAUUUCAGUCUCAUUGCAGGGGAGAAGGCGGAGUCGUCCGACUUGGAGUAUGAGAUGGUGGAGAAGGACGAGGGCAAUGCCCAGCUGCUCGACUUAGACCCGUCGGCCUCUGAGAGCACGCCCAUUCGCCGGCGGCCCGCACGGCGCAUCCUGAGCCGCAUCACCACCAUUGCCUUCCACGGCACUGCCCUGCUGGAGCAGAUCAGCAUCAUCGGGGGCAACCAGACGGGCAUCUUCAUUCACAGGGUCACUCCCGGCUCCGUGGCCGACGAGAUGUCUCUGUCCCCAGGCAAUCAGAUCAUGGUGGUGGAUUAUGAAGUCACAGACCCAGCAUUCAAGGCCAUCCUGGAAGAUGCAACCCUGGAGGAGGCGCUUUGGGUCCUGAAGAGGGUGAAUGGCUUCUGCUGCCUGUCAGUCAGAAUGAACAUGGAGGGUUACAAGAGGCUGGUGAGUGACCUAGAGAACAAGGUGGUGACCUCGGGUGACUCGUUCUACAUCCGGGCCAACCUGGCCCUGGAAGGGAAGGCAGCGGGGGAGCUGCCGGUGCAGUGCAAUGACAUCCUCCACGUCACGGACACCAUGUUCUUUGGCGAGAGCCAGUGGAGUGCCUGCCGGGUGAAUCCCUACAGCAUGAAGGACAUGGACGCAGGCAUCGUCCCCAACUACUACCAGGCUCAUCAACGGCUCAUCGGCCUUAUCCAGGACAUGGCCCAGCAGACCACGUCUGCUCGGAAGUCUUCAGGGGGGCAGCCAAAGCUGGUGCGGAUCAUCAGCACAGACAAGAGCAAGAUCAACCCUCUGUGGUCGUCCAUCGACUGUAACGUCUACGAUCCCAACAAGGCGGACGGUGCGUUGUUAGCUAGAGCUGUCGGAGAGCCCAGAGCCCCCCAGCCCUGCAGCUGCCUGGCAGUAACCGGGGUUCCCCUGCCCUGGGUUCACCUGACCGUCCUGCUGUCCCUUUGUGUCUGCCCAGCCUGCCCCCGGAUCUGCCUGCAGGCAGGGAGCUGCUUCACGCUGAUGCCAUACACGCUGGUGAGACCCCACAAGCUGGCCCAGCUGCGCCCGGUUCUCUUUGUGCCCACGCUGCUGGGGAAGAUCCUGAGCGACAAACUGUGCCUCACCAAGGGCUUUGAGAAAUGCCCGUCAGGACUCCUGUGUGAGGCUGAAUGCACGGCCCAGAACAGAAGCUUGGUCCAGGAACAGCGGGAGCCGGACAGCCGCUGCUGUGUCACACGCAAGGCGCUUCAGCUGCUGCUGGAGAAGGACGUGCACAGCCUGCUGGACGUGGGGCUGGAGUGCGUGCAAGCCCUGCACGCCGCGGGGAUCUAUCCCAUCCUCCUCCUCAUCUCCAUCAGCGAGAAGAACGCCAAGAAGCUCAAGAAGGCACUGCAGCGUCUCGGAGCGACAGAGGAGCAGCUUCUGGACUGUGUGCGGAGAGAGGAGGCCCAGCUGGAGAAAGUGCCCUGCCUGUACGGCACCCUCGCCCCCAACACCUGGAGCGACCUGGAUGCGCUUGUCAGCGCCGUGCGAGCAGCCGUCGCCAAUGAGCAGAAGAAGAUCGUGUGGAUAGAACAAGAUCGUCACUGAUCUCCCUGGACACAGGGUGGGGCAGGGGGAACCGUCACCUUGGCAACUCUGCAAAUGUCACCUAUUUAAACCAAGAGUUUGGUUUGGGGUGUGGGGAGGGAGAGGUUUGAAAGACCCUCUUACCUAAAGGGUUAAUGGACUUCGCAGCGCUGGGUGAGCCCCCUACCUGCCCAGCUGGCCUCUGCCCUGUUGGCAGAGAAACACAGUAACUCUAGUUCAGGGAGAGAGGCUGGUUUUAAUGCCACCCCUGUCAUGGUGUGAAAGGGCGGCUGCCUUUGAACAGUGUCCCUGGUGCCAGGGCGGGUCCCCGGGGUGGGCAGGGCACCUCUGCCUGGGCCACCUCCACCUGUUCUCCCAGCCUGGCACUAGCUGCUCGGAAGUGCAGUCGCCAGCCCGCCUGCACAGGGAGGGAACAGCCACUCCUGUAGGCCUUGCUGUGUCCCCCGCCACGCAGGCUCCUCCCUGGUUAGCUGCCCCCACGGGUCUGCCUCGUUGUACUGGGUAUCCCAGCUCCCUCAGGCUCUCUGUGCACCCUGCUCCCACAGCCCUGGGGAGAGCAGGGAGCCAGGACUGAACAGGACGUGCUCGUUCCAAGGACUGCUAAUUCUGUAGUUUGCUAAAUUAAACCGUGUUGUU